CCGCUGUUCCGAAAAAGGACCAAUGAGGAGGCGGCAGGGGUGGGGCGAAGGGGCCGGUUGCUCCGGAAGUGGAGGGAGGGGGUGAAAAUGGCGCCCAGCUCGAAAUCGGAGCGGAACAGCGGGGCUGGGAGCGGCGGCGGCGGCCCCGGGGGAGCCGGAGGAAAGCGGGCAGCAGGGCGGCGGCGGGAGCACGUCCUCAAGCAGCUGGAGCGGGUCAAGAUCAGCGGACAGCUCUCCCCUCGCCUCUUCCGGAAGCUGCCUCCCCGGGUCUGCGUGUCCCUCAAGAACAUUGUGGAUGAGGACUUCCUCUAUGCAGGACACAUCUUCCUGGGCUUUUCCAAAUGCGGCCGCUACGUCCUCUCCUACACCAGCAGCAGUGGGGACGACGACUUCUCCUUCUACAUCUACCAUCUGUACUGGUGGGAAUUCAACGUUCACAGCAAGCUCAAGCUGGUCCGGCAGGUUCGGCUAUUCCAGGACGAGGAGAUCUACAGCGACCUGUACCUGACCGUAUGCGAGUGGCCCAGCGACGCCUCUAAGGUCAUCGUCUUUGGCUUCAACACCCGCUCGGCCAACGGGAUGCUCAUGAACAUGAUGAUGAUGAGUGACGAGAACCACCGUGACAUCUACGUCAGCACUGUGGCCGUGCCGCCGCCAGGCCGCUGUGCUGCUUGCCAGGAUGCCAGCCGGGCCCACCCAGGAGACCCGAAUGCGCAGUGCCUACGGCAUGGCUUCAUGCUGCACACCAAGUACCAGGUGGUCUACCCCUUCCCCACCUUCCAGCCCGCCUUCCAGCUCAAGAAGGACCAGGUGGUGCUGCUCAACACCAGCUACUCCCUGGUGGCCUGCGCCGUCUCCGUCCACUCGGCAGGUGACAGGAGUUUCUGCCAAAUCCUGUAUGACCACAGCACCUGCCCCCCGGCGCCUGCCAGCCCCCCUGAGCCCCAGAGCCCAGAGCUGCCCCCUGCCCUCCCCAGCUUCUGCCCUGAGGCGGCCCCAGCCCGUUCCUCUGGGUCUCCUGAGCCCUCGCCCGCCAUUGCCAAAGCCAAGGAGUUUGUGGCUGACAUCUUCCGCCGGGCCAAAGAGGCCAAGGGCGGGGCCCCUGAGGAAGCCCGGCCUGCCCUGUGCCCAGGACCCUCUGGCAGCCGCUGCCGUGCGCACUCUGAGCCCCUAGCCCUGUGUGGAGAGGCGGCACCCCGGGACAGCCCCCCUGCCUCAGAGGCGCCUGCCCCCGAGCCUGGCUACGUCAACUACACCAAGCUGUACUAUGUGCUGGAGUCUGGAGAGGGGACGGAGCCAGAGGAUGAGUUCGAGGACGACAAGAUCUCCCUGCCCUUCGUGGUGACUGAUCUUCGUGGCCGCAACCUGCGGCCCAUGCGGGAGCGGACUGCUGUCCAGGGCCAGUACCUGACAGUGGAGCAGCUCACACUAGACUUCGAAUAUGUUAUCAAUGAGGUCAUCCGCCACGAUGCUACCUGGGGCCACCAGUUCUGUUCUUUCAGCGACUAUGACAUCGUCAUUCUAGAGGUCUGCCCAGAAACCAACCAGGUCCUCAUCAACAUUGGCCUGCUGCUCCUGGCCUUCCCGUCCCCCACUGAGGAGGGCCAGCUCCGACCAAAGACCUAUCACACCAGCCUCAAGGUGGCAUGGGACCUCAACACAGGGAUCUUCGAGACAGUCAGUGUAGGCGACCUGACUGAGGUCAAAGGGCAGACCAGCGGCAGUGUCUGGAGCUCCUACCGCAAGAGCUGCGUGGACAUGGUCAUGAAGUGGCUGGUGCCCGAGAGCAGCGGCCGCUACGUCAACAGGAUGACCAAUGAGGCGCUGCACAAAGGGUGCUCCCUGAAGGUUCUGGCAGACAGCGAGCGAUACACGUGGAUCGUGCUGUGAGGGCCUGGCCGCCCCGGACACUGACUCCAACUACCUCCGUGGCCUGGGACCGGCCGCCUCCCUGGGGUGGCCUCUUCCUGGCCGGCUGGCCCACCGACUGAUGACCGGCACUAGUGUUAGGCUGCGGAACGGGGCUGGGCAGGGCAGUCUCUGUUGGCCUGAGGGUCUGGACGCUUUUUAUUUAUGCCUAUUUAAGUUGAGAAGGGGCAGAGAGGGCGCUCCCUGCCCCACCAGCCUGAGCGCCCCGCCUUCACCCCGAGCUGGGCAUGGGCCUGGACCCUCGUGCAUUUGCCCCUUUCCUCAGCUACAGCUGCGGACGUUGCCCUCGGGGAGGUCGAAUGGACCCCAUUCCCCCUGCCCUGCCCGCCCCCAGCCUCCCCACCCAGGCCGGCAACCUGGCCAUCCCCACUCCGUUCUUCUUCAUGUAAUAAAUGUUUUAAUUUCUGAACCUCA